GAGAGAGAGAAAGUGGAGAGUUUAAGCAACAGCUCGUCUUGCCCUGCAGAAUGGCACAGAGGCUUUUUGAGCUUUGAGUCCCAGCGCUGUGCUUCUGCUUCACCAUGCUCACACACACACACAGCUCCCGAGGAAAGCAGCUCUGACUCUUCUGCUUAUUCCGGGGGGGACGCGUGUAUACACACUCCAGGGAAGAUCAGUCCUGGAUUUGGCUUCAGCUUUGCGUCUAGUCCACGCACUCCUCUGCAGCCCCAGAUCAGGUUUUUAUAAGGAGGAUCUGCUGCGCUUGGAGAGGAGCAGUGAGGCAGAAUGUGGCUGCUGAAGUUGGCAGUGGGUCUGGGAGUGCUGUAUAUAGCGUGUGGAGACACCAAAACAGACAAACCUGCGGAGCAGCGGGUCAGCAGGUCCAAGCGUCGGGGAGGAGGACAAGACAUCCUUAAAGGACCUAAUGUGUGUGGCUCACGACACCAAACCUACUGCUGCCCCGGUUGGAAGACGCUCACAGGAGGCAACCAGUGUAUCGUCCCGAUCUGCCGCAGUUCAUGUGGAGAUGGAUUUUGCUCCAGACCAAACAUGUGCACCUGCCCAAGUGGUCAGAUUUCUCCCUCCUGUGGCUCCAAAUCAGCUCAACACUGUAACAUACGAUGCAUGAACGGUGGAACCUGCGCAGAGGACAACUGCAUGUGUCAGAAAGGAUAUAGUGGAACUCACUGUGGCCAGCCGGUGUGUGAGUCGGGCUGCCUGAAUGGUGGAAGAUGUGUCGCUCCAAACCGGUGUGUGUGCACCUAUGGCUUCACUGGAGCUCAGUGUGAACGAGAUUACCGGACGGGCCCGUGUUUUGCGUCGGUGAGUAACCAGAUGUGUCAGGGGCAGCUGACCGGGAUUGUGUGCACUAAGACUCUGUGCUGCGCUACGGUGGGCCGAGCCUGGGGGCAUCCCUGUGAACAGUGUCCUGCACAGCCACACCCCUGCCGCCGCGGCUUCAUCCCCAACCACCGCACCGGGGCAUGCCAGGACGUGGACGAGUGCCAGGCCAUUCCUGGACUGUGUCAGGGAGGAAACUGCAUCAACACGGUUGGCUCCUUCGAGUGCAAGUGCCCCGCCGGACACCGAUUCAACGAGGUCAGCCAGAAAUGUGAAGAUAUUGACGAGUGCUCGAACAUCCCCGGGUUGUGCGGUGCAGGAGAAUGCUCCAAUACCAUUGGCAGCUACUUCUGCAGGUGUCCUGUAGGGUUUGAAACGGCUCUGGAUGGAUCACGCUGCAUCGAUGCCCGUUCUGGAUUUUGCUAUGACGACAUCAUAAACGGGCGCUGUGCAAACCUGAACGCCCAGCCCAUGACCAAAAACCAGUGCUGCUGCAACGUCGGUCGCUGCUGGGCCGGGUCCACCAUACCUGAGAUGUGCCCCAUUCGUGGAACAGAGGAGUAUCAGACACUGUGUGUGCCGAGCUCUGGCGUUCCUGGUCCAUAUGUUCCUGGUCCAUAUGUUCCUGGAGGUGGUAUUCCACAGAUCCCUUCCAUUAUCCCUCUACAACCUAUAAUCCCUCAAGGCCCUCUGGGACCACAACGACCGGACAUAAUUCCACCACCACCACCCAGAAAUGGAAUUCUCACUCAGAACAUUACCCGUACAAAUCUCUGCGAUGCCGUGAGAAACCUGUGUCUGAAUGGCCGCUGCAUACCGACCCCCGGCAGUUACCGAUGCGAGUGUAACAUGGGCUACCAGCUGGACAUUCGCGGGCACUGUAUCGAUGAUGACGAGUGUGAGCGUAAUCCGUGUGCGCAUGGUCAGUGCAUGAACACAGCUGGGUCCUACUACUGUCAGUGUCCAGCUGGGUUCCAGACCACAGCGACUAGAACUGAAUGCAAAGAUCUGGAUGAGUGUGUGGCUAACGGUCGCAUCUGCAAUAACGGACGCUGUGUGAACACUGAGGGCAGUUUUCACUGUGUGUGUAAUUCUGGCUUUGAGAUCUCACCUGAUGGAAAGAACUGCCAAGAUAUGGACGAGUGUCAGAUUAGGAACAUGUGUUUGAAUGGGAUGUGCAUCAACGAUGACGGCAGCUUCAAAUGCAUCUGCAAAUCUGGGUAUCUGUUGGAUGGCACUGGACGUUACUGCAUAGAUGUGGAUGAGUGUGAGACCCCAGGGAUUUGUUUGAAUGGAUGGUGUGUUAACACAGAAGGCUCCUUCAGGUGUGAGUGUGUGGCGGGACUUGCUGUCGGACUGGAUGGACGGACAUGUGUAGAUACGCACAUGCGCAGUACGUGUUACGGAGGCUAUAAGCGAGGGCAGUGCAUUCAGCCAUUUUUUGGGGCCGUGACGAAGUCUGAGUGCUGCUGCGCAAAAGUAGAAUACGCCUUCGGGGAACCGUGCCAACCGUGCCCACCAGAGACAUCAGCUGAGUUUGCAGCUCUGUGUCCAGGUGGAAUUGGCAGCACCACUGAUUCCAAAGAUAUUAAUGAGUGUGCCCUGAACCCUGAUAUCUGUCAGAACGGAGAAUGCGAGAACUUGUUGCGAACCUACAAAUGCAACUGCAACCAGGGCUUUGAGGUGGAUUCCACUGGAAAGAACUGCAUAGAUAUUGACGAGUGUUCAGUGAACAGGCUGCUGUGUGAUAAUGGCAUGUGCCGGAACACCCCUGGCAGCUUCACCUGCCACUGUCCACUAGGAUAUAUUUUCCAGCCGGAUACAGAUGUAUGUGAGGAUAUUGAUGAGUGUGCGUCGAACCCCUGUGUGAACGCAGACUGUAAGAACACUCAAGGCAGCUUCAGUUGUUUGUGCUCCACGGGCAGCAGCCUUGACAACUCUGGAUUGCAGUGUAUCGAAACGAGUAAGGGAACAUGCUGGCUGAAGAUAGUGAAUGCUCUCUGUGAGGUGAACAUUAACGGAGCGACUCUUAAGUCUCAGUGCUGCGCUACACUGGGAGCAGCCUGGGGCUCACCCUGCUCGCCCUGUGAACGAGAUCCAGUCUGUCCUAAAGGGCAUUCCAGAGUCAGAGGAUCAAUCUGUGAAGAUGUGAAUGAGUGUGAGGUUUUCCCGGGUGUGUGUAUCAAUGGGAAGUGUGUGAACACUCUGGGUUCCUUCAUCUGUCAGUGCCCCACUGGAAUGACUGUUGAUGCAUCUGGAAGAACCUGCAUUGACCUGCGAACGGAGCAAUGUUACCUCUCUCAUGAGGACGAACGCUGUGGCGCUCCGAUCUCGGGUCGUCACCGCGUGGACACCUGCUGCUGUUCGGUGGGCGUGGCCUGGGGUCCGGAGUGUGAUGAGUGUCCGGAGAAAGGAACUCCAGAGUAUAACCUGCUCUGCCCUCGUGGACCUGGAUUCUCCCAACGUGGAGAUUUUAUCAAUGGAAAACCCUUCCUUAAAGAUAUAAAUGAGUGUAAGAUGAUCCACAGCUUGUGCACCAAUGGAAGGUGUCGGAACACCAUUGGCAGCUUCCGCUGCAGGUGUGACAGUGGUUAUGCUCUCGAUUCUGAUGAGAGGAACUGUACAGAUAUUGAUGAGUGCCGUAUCUCUCCUGACCUGUGUGGCCAUGGUACCUGUGUAAACACAGCGGGAGACUUUGAGUGCGAGUGUUUCCCUGGAUACGAGAGUGGAUUCAUGAUGAUGAAGAACUGCAUGGAUAUUGAUGAGUGUGAGCGUAACCCGUUGCUGUGUCGAGGUGGAGAUUGCAUCAACACAGAGGGAAGUUUCCGCUGCCAGUGCCCGCCUGGCCACGAGAUCGCACCCGACGGCUCGGCCUGCCUCGAUAUUAACGAGUGUGAGCUGAGUGAUAAGCUGUGUCGGAACGGACAGUGUGUGAACAUGAUCGGGCGCUACCAGUGUUCCUGUAACACCGGCUACAAGUCCACACAGGACCUGCUCUCCUGCGUAGACAUUGAUGAGUGCACUAUCCUGAACGGAGGCUGUGAGACCACCUGCACAAACUCAGAGGGGAGCUAUGAGUGUAGCUGCCGUCGUGGCUACGCACUAAUGCCGGACCAACGCAGCUGCACUGAUAUCGACGAGUGUGAGGACAGUCCUGAUAUCUGUGACGGAGGCCAGUGUACCAACAUCCCAGGAGAAUACCAGUGUCUCUGCUUUGAUGGCUUCAUGUCCUCUGAAGAUUUGAAAACGUGCCUUGACGUGGACGAGUGUGAGCUGAACCCAAACAUCUGUCUGAGUGGAAAGUGUGAGAACACUAAAGGCUCGUUCAUCUGCCACUGUGACCUGGGCUACUCCGUCAGAAAGGGCACGACUGGCUGCACAGAUGUUAACGAGUGCGAGAUUGGAGCUCAUAAUUGCGACCGCCAUGCAACCUGCACCAACACACCCGGCAGCUUCAAAUGCAGCUGCACACCUGGAUGGAUCGGGAAUGGAAUCCAGUGCACAGAUCUGGAUGAGUGUUCAAAUGGGACACACCUGUGCAGCUCUAAUGCAGACUGCAUGAACACUAUGGGCUCCUACCGCUGUGUGUGUAAGGAGGGAUUCUCAGGAGAUGGCUUCUUCUGCACAGACUCUGAUGAAUGUGCAGAUAAUGUGAAUCUGUGUGAGAAUGGUCACUGUUUGAACGUCGCCGGCGGUUACCGCUGUGAGUGUGACAUGGGCUUCAUACCAACACCUGACGGAAAAGCUUGUGAAGAUAUUGAUGAGUGUACCUUCGCUGAUAUCUGUGUAAACGGCCGCUGUCAGAACAUUCCGGGUCUGUUCAGGUGUGAAUGUUCCAUUGGUUUUGAGCUGGACCGCAGCGGAGGAAACUGCACAGAUAUAAACGAGUGUGCAGACCCCACCACCUGUAUCAGCGGCUUUUGUGUCAACACUCCAGGAAGCUACUUCUGUAACUGUCCCCCCGACUUCCAGCUCAACCCCACCGGAGUCGGCUGCGUCGACAUUCGAUCAGGUAACUGUUACCUGGAUGUACGUUCCCGUGGCGACGCCUCUGAGAGUCUGGACUGUUCCAAUGAGAUCGGAGUGGGCGUGUCUAAAGCCUCCUGCUGUUGCUCACUGGGACAGGGCUGGGGAACACCCUGUGAGGCCUGCCCUUUACUGAACUCCUCUGAAUACAAGUCUCUGUGUCCUGGUGGAGAGGGAUUCAGGCCCAAUCCUAUUACUGUUAUACUUGAGGACAUAAACGAAUGCCAGGAGCUCCCUGGAUUGUGUCAGGGAGGGAACUGCAUUAAUACGUUCGGGAGUUUUCAGUGCGAGUGUCCAAAAGGCUUUGCUCUCAACAAGGAAACCAGAGUGUGUGAAGAUGUGAAUGAGUGUGAGAGGCCUGGUAUUUGUGGACCAGGUCAGUGCUACAACACUAUUGGAAACUACACCUGCAUUUGCCCACCAGACUACAUGCAGGUGAAUGGAGGAAACAACUGUAUGGAUAUGCGUCGCAGUCUGUGCUACAGGAACUAUUAUUCUGAUAACGCUACCUGUGAUGGUGAGCUGACGUUUAACAUGACGAAGAAGAUGUGCUGCUGCUCCUACAACAUCGGCCGGGCCUGGAACAAACCCUGUGAACCCUGCCCUGUAUCCGGCACCAGUGAGUUUGCUAUUCUUUGCGGCAGUGACAGGAUAGGAUACUACAUCGACAUCUACACCGGACAAGUGAUUGAUAUCGAUGAGUGCCGGGAGAUCCCAGGAGUGUGUGAUAACGGUGUGUGUAUCAACAUGAUCGGCAGCUUCCGAUGCGAAUGUCCAAUGGGAUUUGUCUACAAUGAUAAACUGCUCAUCUGUGAAGAUAUCGAUGAAUGUCAGAAUGGACCUGUGUGUCAGCAGAACGCAGUGUGUCUGAAUCUGCCGGGAAGCUACCGCUGUGAUUGCAAGCCAGGAUAUCGCUUUACACCCACAGGACAGUGCUUGGAUCGUAACGAGUGUGUGGAGAAUCCUAACGUGUGUAACCCAGGGCAGUGUAUUGAUAUGGUGGGAAGCUACCGAUGCCUCUGCCCCAGUGGAUACAAGACCACCACUGCACCAGCAAUGUGUGUCGAUCGAGAUGAAUGUGAGAGGGAGCAGCCGUGUGGUAAUGGAACCUGUAAGAACACAGUGGGCUCCUACAGCUGUUUGUGCUACCCCGGAUUCCAACUGAGCCAUAACAUCGACUGCAUUGAUACGGAUGAAUGUGCUACACAGAGAGGAAUAUGCCGGAAUGGAGACUGCUUCAACACGGUCGGCUCAUUUGUGUGUGUAUGCAGGCAGGGUUAUGAACUUUCCCUGGACGGCAGGUUUUGUGUGGAUAUUAACGAGUGUGCUCUGAGUCCUGGAACCUGUGGUCCCGGCACCUGCCAAAAUCUGGACGGCUCCUACAGGUGCAUCUGCAAUACUGGACACUAUCUCAAAGAUGACCGGUGUGAAGAUAUCGAUGAGUGCGCUCAGGCUCCAGAUUUCUGCAUCUUUGGAACGUGUCAGAACACACCCGGAAGCUUCAAGUGUAUCUGUCCUGAGGGAUUCCAGCUCUCUUCCUCUGGGAGGAGAUGUGUGGAUAUGAGAGUGAGUUUCUGCUACACUAAGUUUGAGAAUGGGCGCUGUGUAGCGCCGAAGCCUCUGAACACAACUAAAAGUCAUUGCUGCUGCAGUAUGAUGCCGGGUCAGGGCUGGGGAGACCCCUGCGAAAUCUGCCCUAACAUGACCGAUGAGGCCUUCAGUGCACUGUGCUAUAAAGUUGGGGUGCCCUAUGGUACAGGGGACACUCCAGAGGAUAUUGACGAAUGUAAAGAACCUGGUAUCUGUAAAAAUGGUCAGUGUAUAAACACUGACGGCGGAUUCCGCUGCGAGUGUCCCACCGGCUACAGUCUCGACUCCUCGAGGGUCAACUGCACAGACACUGAUGAGUGUAAGGAUGGCAAUCCAUGUGGUAACGGCACCUGCAACAACGUUUUUGGCGGUUUUGAGUGUACGUGUGAUGAAGGAUUUGAACCUGGACCAAUGAUGACCUGUGAAGAUAUAAACGAGUGUUCCCAGAACCCCCUGCUGUGUGCUUUCCGCUGUGUGAACACGUACGGCUCAUACGAGUGCAAGUGCCCCACCGGAUAUGUACUUCGAGAAGACCGCAGGAUGUGUAAAGACCAGGACGAGUGUGCAGAUGAAGUGGACGACUGCCAGUCCAGAGGAAUGACCUGCAAGAACCUUAUUGGAACCUACAUGUGCAUCUGCCCACAGGGAUACACCAGGCAACCCAACGGAGAAGGCUGCAUGGAUCUGAACGAGUGCACAGCCAAGCCUGGUAUCUGUGAGAACGGGCGCUGUGAGAACACAGUGGGCAGCUACAGGUGCAGGUGUGACACAGGCUUCGAACCCAGCCCCACCCAGACUGAGUGUUAUGACAUUCGUCGGGGAUUCUGUUUCACGGAGGUUCUGCAGACGAUGUGUCAGAUGGGCUCCAGCAAUCGGGUGAGUGUGACUAAGUCUGAGUGCUGCUGUGACGGAGGCCGGGGUUGGGGGGCAAGCUGCGAACUAUGUCCACUCCCCGGAACCACACACUACAAAAAGAUGUGUCCUCAGGGCCCUGGAUACACUACUGAUGGACAGGAUAUUAAUGAAUGUAAGGUCAUGGGAAACCUGUGCAAGAAUGGACGGUGUGUGAACACAGAAGGGUCCUACAAAUGCGUCUGCAAUUCUGGAUACACCACUGACAUCAGUGGCACCAUCUGCGUGGAUGUGGAUGAGUGUGUUCAGGCUCCGAAGCCCUGUAACUUUAUCUGUAAGAACGUAGAGGGAGGAUAUCAGUGCUCCUGCCCCCGAGGUUAUAUACUGCAGGAGGACCGCAAGAGCUGUAGAGAUCUGGAUGAGUGUUCCACUAAACAGCAUAACUGUCAGUUCCUCUGUGUGAACACCAUCGGUGGAUUCACCUGCAAGUGCCCACCUGGAUUCACCCAGCACCACACUGCGUGCAUCGACAAUAACGAGUGCAACACGGAUCCCGGGCUGUGUGGUCCCAACGGAAUGUGUCAGAACAGUCCAGGCAGCUUCAACUGUGAAUGCCAGAGAGGGUUUUCACUUGACCAGAAUGGCCAGCACUGCGAAGAUAUGGAUGAGUGUGAUGGAAAUCAUCGCUGUCAGCAUGGGUGUCAGAACCUGGUGGGUGGCUACAGGUGUAACUGUCCUCAAGGCUACCUGCAGCACUACCAGUGGAACCAGUGUGUGGAUGAGAACGAGUGCCAGAAUGGUCAGAUCUGCGGUGGAGCGUCCUGCCAUAACACUCUGGGCAGUUUCCGCUGUCUGUGUCCCACCGGUUUUUCAUUCGAGCAGACCAGCGGUGGCUGUCACGACGUAAACGAGUGUUCAUCACAGCAGAACCCAUGCACCUACGGCUGCUCCAACACUGACGGUGGAUACCUGUGCGGCUGCCCACCUGGAUACUUCAGAGCUGGACAGGGGCACUGUGUGUCAGGACUAGGUUUCGGCAGCAGUAGUCCGGCAGCUGGUCUUGGAUCAGAGGGAGAUGAGAACUCUCUGUCUCCUGAAGCCUGUUAUGAAUGUAAAAUUAACGGCUUUCCCAAGAAAGGCAGAAAGAAGCGAAGCUCCAACUCUACAGAGGAACAUCUGCAGGACAAUCAGGUUGAUCAGGAGACGGUUAGUCUGGCCAGUGUGGACGUUGAUGACACCAUUUACUUCCACCUGAACAUCAGUGACCUCAACAGCAAAGACCACAUCAUCGAGUUCCUCCCAGCACUCUCCACGCUCGCCAACCACGUGCGCUACGCCAUUGACUUCGGGAACGAGGAGGGUCUGUUCAAGCUCGCCCAGAGGGGCGGAGUCAGCUACCUGCACUUAAACAAGAGCAAGCACCUCCUCCCCGGCGCCUAUUAUUUACAAAUCAGCAGCGUGCCUCUGUUCCGCAAGAACGAACUGGCGGCACUGGAGGACAGGCACGAUAAAGACUACCUCAGCGGACAGCUGGGAGACACGCUACACGUCAAACUGCAGAUCGUUCUGCACUAGAGCGCUUCAGAACCAAAGCUAGAGAGGACUUCAUCCACCCUGACCAAAGAUCUCUCCACAUAUCAUUACAUACAAGUCUAGUACAGUAAAAAUACAGUAAAUAAUAAUAAUAAUAAAUAAAUAUUCCAUUGUGCUCAUAGUGUAAGAGGAGGAGAAGGAACUGAGGAAACGAACAUUCUCACGCGAGAAACGACCACUCUGUUGUGUUUGUAUUGAAAUGGAAAAAAAGCUUUUAUUUUGAAAAGGGUUUAUACGGAACGGCUCGGCACUCGUUUGGACGUGUAGACAGCAGGAGGGCACGAUUUUAUGCCUUUUUUAAGGACUCCGCUUCAUUAACUUCGCUCUCUCCACCUUUCCUACAGAUUAGCUCUCUGUUUAAUCAUAUUUACUGGUGCUAGUAACACUUCAACAUUAAAUUUACAAAUGCACUGUAAUAUCUCGUUCCAGCGCAGGAUCUGCCGUUACUGUUCCGCAGGCUCUCGAGUCUCAAGCCUCCUUCUUCUACAAGCAAACCAGUGUUAGCUCAGUAGCCAUUCUGUCCUGUUCUGACCUAUGCCUAUUGCUACGUGCAUUAAGUGUGCGUAUACUGUAACCACGCCACUUUUAACUUCAGGAACCUUUUCUGAACUAGUUAUACACCCUGGACUGGAGGGUUGCAAAAUGGUGCUCAUUAUAAUGACCAACUACUUUUGUUUUGUGUUAACUGUGUACAUUCACCAUCCUGAACCAAGCAACGUCUGUGACUCCAGACUUACUGCACUGAGGUCCCCCCGCGGCCACAAGACACACACUCGCAAGUACAGUCAAGUGCCGUCGCCGCAGCGACGACACUCGAAAGGAGAGGAACAUCCACCGUAAGUUAGUGCAAGAUCGUGUUCACAUCUGUGAGGGGUUUAGCUGUAAAUUCACAAUAAAACUUAUUUUGGUUUUAA